GCUACAUGUCAGUCGGCCAAACAAUCUUUUCGUCGCUCCUCUAGUCGGUUUCGUACGAAAUUAUUGGAGGAACAAAACAAAAGCCCAACAUUCUUAGUUCGACGUCUGAUCGGUGUUUCGUACCAAAAGUAACAAAAAACCGCGUGCUGUCGGUCAUGUCGUGCCGCCACUCGUUCCGAUGAUGUCACGUGCUCUCGUUUCGUUCCUUCGUCCUUUAUCUCUUGCCAUGUCGACCAUGUUCAUAUGCAUCAAGAAGCAAGUUUUUGCUCCUUUCUCCCGUUGCAGGCGAUUACACCUCUUUGAUACCCCCUAAUUUCAUGUUCAGUCGUGUUUUGUAGCUGACGAGUCGUUCCUGCAGAACAAUAACACUCUCUUGCUCUUCUACCCCACUACAUACUUCUUGCGUGGUACGAUCGCCCCCUAGAGCCUUCUUUUGGAAGUAGAACAUUUGCGAAUACUUUGCUCAGUCGACAACUUCAUCCAUCUUCUCCACAGUAAACAUGCAAGUCCUCGAAGAGACGCCCUCCCAUUUCACCCUUCUCUGCACGUGCGAUGGUGCGCAGAAAUCGCUGGGAAUGGCGGUGCGGCAGGAUGGUCAAAUCACUGCGGUCGGCCCCAAUUCCUGGGCAGAGCAGAUGGGGAUAAAAAUCCACGAUGAACUACUAUUCGAGGAGAAGCAGACGUAUCAAGAGAUGCUGAUGCGCCUGAAACUGGAGAGACCCUUGGCUUUGAAACUGAAGCGCAUAAAGUUUGCGGGGGAAGUGUACGAAGUGGUGUGUGCGGAACGGAAACUGGGCUUUCGCUACUACCUAUCAACUGUAAAAAUGUCUGGGUCUGGAAGAUUGCACCUUGUCAUGCUGUUUUUGGACUCUAAAAAAUUUUGUAUUGCAUGACCAGCGAGAGGGGCGCCGAUUGUGCUACACGGACAGGGUAUUUCUCAUGCGGAAGGUGCAUCAGGAAGACCUCUAAAUGUCUGCGAUGCUAGGUCAUGCAUUACAGGCAUCAUGGUUCAUGAGAAAUAUGCAUGACAAGUCUCGCAUUCUUCCAGACCCAGACACUUUUGCAAUCCAUACUACCACGGCGUGGUGGUUGAGGUGAAACCGGACAGCUGGGCAGGAGCGGUGGCGGGAAUAUUGGUAGAGUAGCUUUUUACGUGGUGGGCGAUGUUAAUUUUCAGUUUUUUUGUGCUUGUGCUACUGGUACUGGUACUGCUAUGUCAGUCUUGGUACUAGUUGUAUGGGUCUCUCCACCAAGUGAUGAAGAACUCGAAUGUACUUAAGUAUCCUCUUCGCUCGGUUCUAAAAAUUGACUGCGACAACUUUAUGAUCCAAACCCACUAUACAAAUAAAUCAGCCCGGUGACAAGCUUUUGGAGAUCCAAGAUCUCGAUUGCACCCGACCCGGCGUCACCGCGGACGACAUGCUCGCAGCACUGCGACAGCCCCGGCCGACGAGAUUGCUGCUGCAACGCCCGAAGAGCAUGGACGACGCCAUUGCGGACAUGGCAGCGCAGAUGGUCCAGAUGGAAGCCGAGAAACAAGCGGACAUGAUGAACACCAAAGCAAAAGCUGUUUCUGCGAAUACGCCAGAACCUGAAGUUGCAGCUCACCAGCCGCAGCUGCAAGUAUUAAACCUCACUGACCCAGUUGCACCAGCUGCACCAACGAACCGGAGGAGCAUAGCUGCCUCCGGCAAGAACUUCACGCGCCCGACGCUGGAAGAAAUCCGCGGGAGUACCGCGCCGGGAUUGCCCGCUAGCGGUGGAGAAGCUGCAAACAACAACCGCAGCAGAACGCCUUCCACAGCCUCCAACUCGUCGCCGAAAAAGGACGUGAACAUCCGCUGGCCGGAAGAUCUGCAGCCCGGACAGCAGCUGCACCUCCACACUGGGAACACCCCAAUUUCGUCCCGGUCGGGGUCGCUUGGCAAUUCGUCCGCUCUAGAGCCGGUCGCGGAAGAGAAUGAAGUAGAAGUAGAGAGAACUGUACUAGCGGAGGAUAAUGGUUUAGGAGUUUACCAGACGAAAUCGAAAACGAAUCCACUUCAUCAAAAUGCGAAACUGACAUCAACUCCGAGCAGUUCUUCUUCCCAAACGCUGAAACUCGAACCCGUUUUCGAGGAAAACGAGCAGGCCACGCAUUUUCACAAGGAUUUCGAUUUUACGUCCCCGACUUCUUCCGGAUCUCUGAAAGGCGAGGAUUGGCCGGAAGAUUUACUCGUUCGCUCCAGGUCCUCGCAAAGUGGCCGGGGGUUCAGCUCGCCCAGCGCGCUCGCGCCGGUUUUGGAGGAACGGUUGGAAGAUUUGGCGAAGGAGCAGGACGAUGACGAGGAAAAUGAGUUUGCCGUGGAGGAGUACCCGAACUCUACUUCCGACAACAAUACCACCCCGGGCCGAAAACCGUCGCCCCGCGAUCCCCGCGGACCCAGCGACGCCAACGUCCAAGCAGCGGUGGCGGCGGCGAGGGACAUAUACUCCCUCGAUGACCGGGGGGCUCCGGAGGAAGAUCUGAACAUUGUUUUGGCAAUUAACGAACGGGAGUCCGAGAAACGGGGUCCUUCGGAAACCGAUCUCGCGCUGGCGAUAAACUUGGCGGAGCAGAUCCAGAAGAUGGAAUCUGCGGUCGGAGAGCUCUCCGCAAGGAGCGACAGGCCACUUGGUGAUGAACCACGGGCGGGAAAUCAGUCUUCGGUCGUGACUUUACCAAGGGACUCAGCUUCGCAGGAUACCGAGCGGACAAGUGGGCAAACCGAAAUUAUGCUACCCCGAGACAGCGCGGAACUAGGGGUAAGGCAAACGGAAGUUGGCCUACCAAGGGAGAGCGUCGACGAUGAUCAGCCUGAUACGGAAAUGCUGGCUAAGGAAACUGCGCCGAGAAGUAGCAAGAAAAUCACGCAAUUGCACACGAGCAAGCGCGCCAGCGUCGUUCUUGCGCCCGGCGAAUCAUUGACUGGAGGGACAAGAGAUAAAGAUUCUCUUGCACAUAAAGGCCGGCAGAGUGUGCCAAGCGUGAACUUCUACAAUGACAAUUUGGGCACAUCAUCUUCUUCGCCCUCUACAACAGAAACAGGAAAUAAGCGAAGUAACCGCAGAAUGUCGCUCCCAGCUGGUACGGUCGGACCAGAAAGGGGGAGAUCGCUGCUGGAACUGGGAAAACAAGAAGUUUCUGAUGGUGGUACAACUUUUGAUGAAAAGGACUUCGACGUAAAUUCCAUCAUGGCAGAGGCCCAAAGCAUGAAGAAAGCCUACGAGAAGAAUGCAGCAGGGGUCGUACUAGACAAGUCGAAAACAACUAAACCCGCCGCGCCAACGCAAAGUGCGACAAAAGAAGAUGUGGACAGCCGCUACCAGUUUGCGGAGAAAACGACCCUGAUUUCCCCGGAAGCGAAAGCUAGAGACGACAAGAAAAUGAUGAGCCAGCUUUCUGUACCGGGCGGGAGUGCAGCUGCAGCAGGAGGUGCUGCUAUCUCUCCAAGAGGUACGGGGAAGUCAUUGGUCGGAACAACACUUCCCGGAACACCAGCGUCUCCGCGGGCGCCGGAUGGAAGUAAAGUAGGCGACAGAAGUCCGAAAGCAUCCCCAAGACCGUCUGCUGCCCCCAGCAGCAGUGCGAUGAAGACAGCACAAAACACCACCACCAGCCCCGAUGUUCUUUCGGUAGCUGCAGAAACACGACCGGAAGAUUCUUCUUCUGCAUCCGCAGCGGCAGCUCAAACAUCAAAGAUAAAGACCCGCGACGACGUGAUCCUGCAAAAAGCGAAGCUGCAGCACCAGGGCAGCAUGAAGAUCCCGGAGGAAAACCACGGGGAGUUGGUCCAGCAUUUUCACACCACACGGCUGCAUUUGAAAUUGAAGAACAACAAGCACGAAGUCUUUGAAGACGAUUUCGAUACGCCGCACCCGAAUUUCGAAGCGCCGGGAGGCGCAUCUUCAACGAGUGCGCAGAAGAAGAAUCUGAGUGCGGCCGCAAGAAUCGACUUGCAUGAGAAGGAAAUAUUAAACACUAACGACUUCAAAUCGACUUCUAAACCAGAAGGGGAGCAGCAAGGCGGUGGGAUCGGAGGACUUGACGCCCAAGGUGGUGACACCUCGGACGAGCAAAAUACCGCUUCUACGGCGGCAACGACGCCCGCGAAGACGGUGAAUUUGAUAGACGCGCACCACCCGCCAAGGAGGUCCGAAGGACACGAGACGGAUAUUCCCCGGAUGCACCCCGACGAGUUGCACUCGUCGAGCGCGGAGGAAAGAGUUGUAGAGGAAAAUCCUAGUACAACAGCAGGCGCCGCUGGACAGAAACAGAUCCAGAUGAAUACCUUCAUGUACUACCCUGAACAAGAAGAUGAUAAGGAUUCCGACGUCGAUGAGAAGAUCUGGAGGCCGACCGGAAAGAACAGCGUCAACAGCAAUUAUGGAACAACAUCGAAUCCCUCCGUGAUCGUGACAAAAACCACCUCCCCGUCUACCUACCAGGCUAGUGUAGAAAAACCUUUUGAGCAACAUUUUCUCCUCGAGCACGGGAAAGAGGUGUUGACCGGUCGUGUGUUUCAAGCUGCAAUAAAUAACGGCGGGGAUACUGGUAGCCCGAGCGCCCUGCCCGCAGCGGUGCCGGUGAACUACGUAGGGGGUUUGGAGUUGCACAAGAACGACCACGCGGAUGAAAUCAUGGGGUCUUACGGAAGUAGUACUUUCUCUCCGGCGAUGAAGGAGCAAAUGAAAAACGAGGCUGCUCUGAUGAAACAGGAAGUAGCGCAGUUGUUGCUCGGAGGAAGUAGUGCGGCUGGUUCUGCUGCGCCGAUGUUGAAAAAUGACGAUUUUGAUACCAGAUCCGUCGAGAUUAAAAAAGAAAGUGCUGACGAUCAAGCAUCUACUUUCAAGCGUGUCAGCAUCGGCGAAACCGAAACCAUUACGCCAUCUAGUACUUCCACUGAGAUGAAUCAGCAAGGGCAAUCUAUGGACGCGGUAACCACCUACAUACUGUACGUGCUUAAGUGCCUCAAUCCGUGCACCUGCUUCCAGGAUGGGUCACCCGCGGAGGCGGACAAAAAGAAUAAAGCGGCUGGUGGCGCCGGGGGACAAUCACAAUUAUAUCCCGGCGAGAAAAAGAAGCUGGUCAGACUCCGGCCUAACCGCUCAAAGAGCGAGAAUAAUCUGGAGGAUAAGGAAAAGGAUAAGGAAAACGAUGUUGAUAAGGAAAACGAGACCAUGUCAACAAAUAAAACCGCGGAUGCGGCAACGGGUGCAGCUGGACCACCAGUCGUGAACCUGAAUGAGCUGACUGACGAGGUAAAAAACGAGAAGAUUAUCCCGACGAUCCAAGACAAUUCUUCCAAAUCCUCAAACCCCGUGAUGAAGGCGGACCGUUUUUGGCACAGCGUGAGCGGAAAUGAGCUGGGGAAGAUGGUGGACGCGUUCAGGAAAGAAAAUCAAAAUCACGAUAGGGUGCAGCGAGGAACAUCAAGCCCUUUGUUUCCCGCUUCAUCACCCUUGCUGCAAAAACCGAAGAUGGCCGACGCGUCGACGCAGGUGUUUGUGCAGUACGUGGACCGGGUGAAUGGAGCAGUGAUCCCGGGCACGCCGAGACUUAUGUCCGCAAGAUCCCCCCGGCCGACCCCCAGAACCGCAAACCGCGUCGUGAAAGAGAACGAGAAGCGAACGUACAACCGGGUGCGGGGCACGUCGGGGAUUGUGCGAACCCAUGGGUUCUUAGGAAUGGACUUGCGAGUGGGAGGAAGCAAGACAAUCAUGCCAGAGGCUGCUGGUGGUGUUGACGGUGCAGUUCUUGCGCAAGAGAACAGUGGGAACGGGAAGAUGUAUGUUAGCAAGGUACUUACAUGUUGUACAGCAUAUGAUUGCUUUAUUUUCUGUUUUGCGCAAAAUGAGAUCAGAAUUCGUCGUCUCGUCGUUCAUAUCACCAUGCCACUUACGAUAACUAUGAUUACCAUUACCCUUAUGCUUAUCGUACGAAAUCGAUCUAAACACAGCUCCGCACGCCUCGCAGUCCCACCUCUUUGCUGAACUUGAGUAAGAUCCGCACCGCGGGCCUACGUCCCAGCAGUUCGAAGGCGAAACGGUUAAGCGUUGGGGUCUUACCGGUCGUGAAGGAGCAGUCAGGAGUUCUCCCGCCCAUGCAGCCGGUCACUUUACUCGGCGUGAAGGAGAACGCGUUGAUACCCGCGAAUAGAAUCGCAAAACAACAAGAACAGCAAGAACAGCCACAAUUUGUUCCCCACAUGCACGAGAACCACGAAGUCACACACCUCUAUGAUUCCGACCCGACAAAUCCAAAUGCCCUGUUCGAAUACACCAAAGCCAGGAAAGACGGGGUCAUGUCCGUCCCGGCCCCCGUGCGGUUCGAGGCCCCAAAGGUCAACUCCGAGGCCUUUCGCGCCGCCGCGGCGGAAAGAACGGCGAAAUCGGUCGAGCAAAUGCGCGAAAAGACGCGAGUUUUGCUGAGCGGGAGUUCCACGCCAGCGCCGAGUCCGACGGGUACGGUGGAGAUGAACUUGCUUUUCGAGGGAGAAACGACAGCGACACCGAAUUCCGGUAGUACGCAACACAGUAGUGCUGGGGUUGCUGCGAACAAGGCUGAGCAGGGAGCACCACAAGCGGCAGUGGCAGAUCAGGAAACCACAGUCGCUCGAAGUUCGCUGAUGUCGUUUUUCUACCGCCCUACUUCUCAGCUGUAAGCUGUUAGCUGCACUCGAGAACAUGAUGAAUUAAAGAUCUUCGGAGAUACAGGAUUUUAUGGUGGUUAAACUGAAUCUGAAU